AGAUAGCAAAGAGUGGUAAGACUUGUUACUUGAAUAACACAGUUGAUGUUUGUUUUCAUUUCAAUCUAUAGUCAUCAAAAGUUCAUUUGAAAUAAAUAUGUCUCGUUUUUCAUCAAUCUUAAUUACUGGGGCUAACCGUGGACUUGGUUUGGAAUUUGUGAAGCAAUUUAUAAAAUUUGACCCUAAAGUAGACACUAUCAUUGCUGUUUGCCGAAAUCCUGAUAAUGCUCAAGAGCUUCAACAAGUUUCUUCAUCUACUGAUAAUGUGAAAAUAAUUGGACUUGAUGUUAAAGAUUAUUCUAAAUAUGACCAAGCAUAUGAACAAAUUGAGAAAAUCGUUGGUGACAAAGGAUUGGAUUUACUAAUCAAUAAUGCCGGUAUUGCUUUACGAGGGAAUCUUGAUGUCGUUACUCCACAAGAUAUGUUGGAAAAUUUUGAGGUCAAUGCUGUGGCUCCAUUGAUGUUUUCUAGAAAAUUGAUUCCACUGGUUAAAUCUUCAAAGACUAAAGUGAUCGUCAAUAUUUCGUCAGAGCUUGGAAGCAUUGCCAACUGUUCAGGGCAAAUGUACCCAUACAAAACGAGCAAAGCUGCUUUGAAUAUGGUUACAAAAUGUAUGGCUUGUGAUUUGAAAAAAGAUGACAUCACUUGUGUUGCAUUGCACCCAGGCUGGGUUGUUACCGAUAUGGGAGGACCAAGAGCUCAUCUCAAAGUGGACGAAAGUAUAUCUAAAAUGAUCGAGGUCAUUAAAAAGAUUGACAUUAACUCGACAGGAAGUUUCUUGUCUUAUAAUGGUGAAACGCUUCCUUGGUAAAAAGUGCUUCAGUUUGAUGUUAAUUUAUAAAUUUUGCUGCCUUUCAUUUCGAUUUUUCCGAAAAUUCAUUAUAACUCAUCAUUUUAUCCUAGUAAAAAAACAGGCUAUCAAAUUAUAUACUAACCGAAAAGAUGAUGUAGAAAGAUUAACCAAAUUAAUAAAAUUUAUUUUGUUUUAAAUUGUUUAAA